CAACGGGUGCUGACUAGACGGCGGGGAACAACCAUGCGAACACCUGCCCUGCGCGAACCACCCGGCGAGUCGGUGAGUUGCCAGCAAGCAGCGGGGGAAGGGUCGAACGUCGGAGUCGGACGCAGAGAGCAGCUGAACUGAACCUCGCACGUUAGUUACCUUCCGGUCGCGAUGGAGUGAAGAUGCAUCCCGUCUCACAUGCGUGCCAAAUGUAGUUGUAUUCAGCGACGGGUGUGACAAGCGAGGAGGAACUUUUAGACAAGAGCGGCCGUACUGUGCCUUCCAACAGCAGGACACAGUGGGCACCAGAGGUCAUUAUUUACGCGGGAAACAUGACCUUCACCUAGAUAUCGGCGGAGGCAGCAGGUGUGCAGCCGCGUGAGUGGUGUAUGCGGGCAGCACCUGGACGGAGGGAUGCGAGAUGCGUGCCUCGACCCCUCUCCACGGCCCCCUCCCGCCGCGGUGACCUGGGCCCGUGGCGGCGACCUGGGCACCACGAACUUAAGACUGUGAUACUGCUUUUUCGCGUGGAAGGUUCUGUGUCCGAGGCGAGAUGUCGGGGACGAGGAGAAACAACGGGAAGGAGAAGGGCAAGUCGGAGCAUCUGAUGGUGGCGGUGAGGGUGCGGCCGCUUGCCAAUGAGGAGAGACAAAGAGGCAGUUACCGUAUCGUGGAGGUUGAGGACGACAAGAUGCUGACUCUACUGAAUCAGGAGACAGACCGGAACGACCAUCUGCGGCAGAAGAGGAAUAAAGACAAGCAGUUCAUCUUUGAUCGCCUGCACGGGGAGAGCGCCACGCAGAAGGAGGUAUACGAGGCCACGACGAAGGCGCUGGUGGAGGACGUGUUGGCGGGCUACACGGCGACAGUGUUUGCUUACGGGCCGACGGGUGCGGGGAAGACCUUCACGAUGGUCGGCACGGCGGAGCAUCCCGGAAUCAUGGUACAGGCCCUCAACGACCUCUUCCACUCCCUCGACGACCCCUCCAAGACUGCCAAGACGAAGAUCUCAAUGUCGUACCUCGAAAUCUACAACGAGAACAUCCGGGACCUUCUUCAGCCCAGCGGGACCCUUGACUUGCGGGAGGACGCCAAGACGGGGGUGAUCCAGGUGGCGGGGCUGAGCGAGAAGGAGAUUCUUACCACCAAGGAGGUGAUGCGACUCCUGCAGAAGGGGAACAAGGAGAGGACCUGCGAGCCAACAGCCGCCAACAAGACCUCCUCCCGCAGCCACGCCCUCCUGCAGGUCAAUGUACGCAAGUCAGUCAUCAAGGGGGUUGGGGAGCAGGUCAAGUGUGGGCGCCUGUUUAUGAUUGACCUCGCUGGGUCAGAGCGGGCCAAACAAACACAGAACAGAGGGAAGCGGCUGCAGGAGGGUGCCCACAUCAACCGUUCCCUCCUGGCCCUUGGUAACUGCAUCAAUGCCCUGGCGGAGGGUCAGGCAAAGUUCGUCAACUUCAGGGACUCCAAACUGACACGUCUCCUCAAGGAUGCUCUGUCAGGCAACUGUCGAACAGUGAUGGUGGCACACGUGUCACCCGCCAACAACCAUCGUGAGGAGACCCGCAACACCCUCGUCUAUGCUGACCGAGCCAAGAACAUCUCCAAGACGAUCACUUCCAACGUGGUGAACGUCGCCUCCCAAGUGACGCACUACAAGAGCAUGAUCAUGGAACUGCAGGAAGAGGUUACGCGGCUCAAGGAUAAGAUCACGGAUAAGCAUGACUGUCCAGGCACCUUGACACAGGGCGAGAUAGAGACCAACCAAAUGAACACAGAGAAGCUGAGGGCCAUCAAGAAUGAACUGCUUGAGAACUUCCGGGAGCAGAUGUUCCUCAGGAAUAAACUAAUAGACAUAGACAGCAAUAUCCUGGCGCUGUCCAUGGAGUUUGAGCGGCAGAACCUUGUGGUGUCUGAGUGGGAGGCCGAGCGUUACCGCCGGGAAAGAGGUCUCAUGGACCACUCCAGGCAUCAUCAGGAGGAGCAGGUCAUUGACAUGGACACUGACAGAGAAAAAGACGAGGACAGUGACGAUGAUGAGCCCGAGGAGGUGACACAGGCGUGGGAGGACUUGAUGUACCUACAGAAGGAGAAGCAGCGCUAUGCCGAGAUGAGGGAGAAGGUGGAGCAUGAGAUGGAGGAGGUGAAGAAGCGUUCCCAGCGCAUCGAGGAGCUCUUGAUCUUGCGUAUAAGAUGCAGAAUGAGAAUGAGAGCUUGCCGCAGGCUGGUUGGUAUGUGGUGUGAGGCCCUGCCCAACAACAUCACCAACGAUGAGCAGAAGGAGAUCAUCUCACUCCUCUGUAAGGUUCAUGAGCUGGAGAUUCAGAAGGUGGAGAUGCGGAGCGAGGCGCUGCUGAAGGAACACGAGCUGCAACGGCGGGAGCUGGUCAUCAUGCGCUACGACAGGCAGCGCUCCCUCUGUGACCAGAUCAUCACACGCCAACGCCAGAUGCUGGAUGUCCUUCAUGAAGGUUCAGAAAUACAACCCCACAUGCCUCCUGAGUUGCUGGAGCUGUAUCAGAUGUACCAGGCGGAGGCCCAGUGUGUCAAUGGGGAACGUGACGGAAAAUUUGACAUCCACAACAUGCUGAGGUCUCACUCCGUCUUGUCGCUGAGAGACCCCAAUGAAAGGCUGCCACCCAUCAACACCAGGGAGCCAGAGAGACUUUUUGACCGCCCAGCGCGCCGCCGCCACAGCCUUGGAGACGAGGCCCGGGCGGAGAGUGUCCUCAGCCUGCGCAGCCCCACCAGUUCGGCGAGCUCCUCAGCCCCCGGCACAGCUCCCAGCUCCCGUGUCCCCUCCCUGCCCCCCAUCAGAGGUGCAGCUCCCUCCACAGCCCCAAACAUCCUGCCCGAGGGUCACUCUGGCUUCAAGAACAACAAUUCACUCCUCAGACGGCGUGGACCAGGUGACCCCCACUCAGUGACUGACCCCAACGACAACUUGACGGAUCCAGGCUCUCCGGGGUCGUACGGGUCUUUCCGUAAAAAGUCACUGGCAGACCCAAGUGAUGACAGCCUCUCAAUGGUCAGUGUGCGGCUGGACAGUCCCCCCCGCAAGGCCAGGUCCCGUGUCAGGCAGUCGCUCCUUCAGCCACAGCCGAGGCGUCGUCACGGGUCAGCAUCCUCCAGUGAAGGGGAGUCACCUGCUCCUGGGCACCGCAGCAAAGCCUCCAAAGUGGCCCACACCCGCCGUCGAGGCAACAGCCUCAGCCGGCUGGAAAACCUGAGUCAGCCGGGAAUGUGUGAGUCACUUACCUUCAGUUUUCACUCACUAACUUUCAUUGUGAGUUGCAUGACCUGCACAAGGCAGGGUGAAGCACCCAUUUUUAGAAGGGAAGUACUAAAUAGAAUCUGUGACUAAAUUUACUGAACUAUAUUUAAUGAAUCAAGUUUUGAUUCCUUGCAAAUCAGUUUUUACAACACUCAUUUAUUGCAGGGCCAUCAGGCAACCCAAGAAGACAAAGCAUUCCUGUGCGUCGCCGCCGUGCAGCAGACGAUGCCUUCCCUGUGGCGUAUGCACUCCAUCGCUACUGAGCCAAGCAGAGAGGCGCCUUGUCAGCCUUCUGCUAUUGUGGCCAGUGGUUUAGUGUGACCUGCAUAUUAAGAGUUCUAGAGUUGGUGGAGUCUAUCCAGUAAUGUUCUGUCCAGCAGUGCAAACUAGUCAUAAUUUUAAGGAAAAGUGGCAUGGCAGUCUGUCUUGUACAUAGUUGUCAAAUUCUAUGACUAAUCAUUAAGGAAUUAGGAUCCAAAACAGUUUUACUGUUUCAUUCUAGCAUAGCUAGAUAACUGUAAUUAUGUUUACUGUAUAUAAUACUGCACUGAAGUGAUCAGAAGGUAGAAAUUAAGUUCUUCACACAAAACAGCAGUGUAACUGUUAAUGUUGUGUGAGGGAGUGAGUAUCAUGCCUCACACUACUAAAAAGUUAGGGCCAAAAUUCCAGAAGUGCAUGACUUACAUGAUUUGAGGAUUUUUUCUCCCAACUUUAUGUAUGUGUUAUGACAACUAAGUUUACAGGUCAAGUCAAGGGCAAAGCUGCUAUUAUGAUAGUGUUGGCUGCCUGUGGUGGGUGUUGGGUAGUCUGUAUAUGAACACCUGCAGUAUUCCUCGCCUCUUGGAGGAUUAUUAACAACCAUCUGUCAGGGCUCAGGAGGCUGCAAGUGGGAUGGGGUGGCAAGAUUAGAAGUGAGAGUUAAGCUUACUUCCUGUUGGGUCUC